AUGCAGUCGCGGAUGCUAUUAGCAGUUAUAAAGUGAAUGCCGUCCUCGGUGUUUAAUUUAGAUUGAAAAUUAGUGUUUUGCUACGUUAACAAUGGGUUAACGCCUAAUUAUUUGUAAAUGAUUAACAUCGUUGAAAUCUGUCAAUGUCAACAGAUUUCAACGAGUGGCGAAUGGCGCCAACGCCGACUUACUUCAUGUUGGGAUCGUUGUUUUGUUAUUAACACUCUCUUCUGCUAUCGCCCCGAUACGAACGAAGGCUCUCCCCCGCUAUCGUGCAAAUGAAGGUAAUAUUGUUUACCAAAAUCCUUUAUACUUAUUAUUAAUAAAGCCUGGCUUUUGCCUUUUUUUAUAUUUAAAACUAACCCCGCUAUUGUGUUUUUAUUUAUUUUAUUUUGUAUUGGUUUGCUUUGCAAUUCCCCCUUUCCCCGCAUUGGCGCAAACAUUGGUCCUUCGAGCCGGAUUACGAACGAGGUGUUGGUAAAAGAAGUUAAUCGUUUCUUCUUUUUUUCUAUUUGUAAAGCAAACUUCAUCAUCACCAUCAACAAAAUACAGUCCACAUACACAUCAUUAUCAUCAUCCUCAUCAUCAUCUAUUUUCCUUUAAAAACAACCAGUAUGUCGAUGAAAUUGUACACGGAAGACGAACUCUUGAAUAUUGAUGACGUCAAAGCUACCCCGGAUUGUCCCCCAACUGAUACUACUUUGUCCUCUGCUGCCGUAGAAGCAGCCCUGGUGGAACCAAUUGCUGCUGUGACAAUAUCUGAGCCUGGGUCCGAAUCCAAACGGGAUUCAUCUGCGGCCCUCGCAUCUGCUGAACCAAUGCAAACCGAGUCCGAAUCCAUACCUGUGGGUUCAUCUGCGGCUCCGGUCCCUGCUGAUAACCCCAAACUUGUUAAAUCGCGAACCGAGUCCGGAUCUUCGGGUCCAUCUGCGGCUCCGGUUGCCAUUCCUCAUUCGUUGGAGGAGUCGGCCAAAUCUAAUAGGUCCGAAUCCUCUCGGGAUUCAUCUGCGGCCUCCCAUAAAUGUCGCCUUUGUGACCGCAUGCACCCUUUGGAUAGAUGUAGCGACUUCCGCGUCAUGAAUGUUGACAUGCGUCGUAGAGUUGUUGUUAAAUUUUGUUGUCGGCUUGUUGUCCCUCCAGUCUGGUAUCUGCAUUUCCCCGACUUUGUUAGUCAAAGUUGAUGCUUUUGGCCGUCCCUCUAUCGUGAGGGCGGUAUUGGACCAAUGUAGUAGGCAGAGUCAGAUAUGCUCCUCUUUGGUGCAUAGUCUUCGUAUCCCUACUUCAAGAAUCGAUGGUAGCCAAAUAUGUAGGCUUAGUCUCACCUCGAUAUACGACCGGAGUCAGUCCUUGUCAAUUGUGGCAGUGGUGACCCAUCUGGACCAUGCGCGUACGCCUACAGCGGCAAUCCCAGAGCGCAUAAAAGACUCCUUUCUUGGUCUUCCUUUGGCAGAUCCUGAUUUUAAUAGGCCUGGUCGGGUGGCCCUGGUACUCGGGCCGGAAGUCUAUGCCAGGGUCGUAACACAUCGGGUGCAUGCGACGCCAGGGUUACUGAUAGCCCACUACACCAUAUUUGGUUGGGUAUUGUCGGGCAUAUGUAACAUAUAGUGUUACACAAUGUUUUUUGAAAAAAUGAAUUGAAUUUAAAAUAAAGAAAAAUAAAGAAUUGAA